CUGUGUACUAGUGUCACUCCUUUUCCUUCAUGCAAUGAUCGCACAGCGUGGACUGUGCAAACCAAAUGGAGCAGCGUAACAGUAAUGUCGAGGAUUUCUCAGUUAACGUAUUUUCUGUAACACCCUGCCAGUCUAGAGCUCCUAGAGUCCAGGUGUCAGAUGGAGACAAGGCUGGAGCCACACUGCUAUUUUCUGGUGUCUUUUUGGUUCUAGUUGGCAUAACCUUCACCGUGAUGGGCUGGAUUAAAUAUUACGGUACCAGUGAUUUAGAAUGGACACAGUUACUAGGACCGAUUCUGCUCUCGGUGGGAGUUACUUUUGUUCUCAUUUCUGUCUGCAAGUUUCGAAUGCUAACUUGCAAAACUUGCAAACAAAUUAACGAGAGUGCUGCGGAGGCCGAGCAAGCUCCUUGUGGUCAAUCAUUUGUUUUCACGGGGAUUAAUCAACCAAUAACUUUCCACGGAGCUACAGUUGUUCAGUAUAUUCCCCCUCCGUAUGCAUCUCCUGCCCAGGAAACUGUCACUAUGAACACCACCUGCUUGCCAUCACUGAACAACACACAGAGCACGCAUCCACCCAAUGCUGCAACAGGAACAACCCCAUGCCCUCCUCAGUACUACAGCAUUUACCCUCUGGAUAGUGCAGCUUUUACAGGCGAUGAGAAUUGCCCACCUUACCAACGGUUAGAUGACGAAAUAACCAGAGCAGAAGAACAUCAAGGUGAUUUACAAGACACAUUGGGAGCUGAUGAAGUUCCUGAUAGCAUUCCACCGCCUUCAUAUGAUGAAAUCUUCCCUGUGGAAAACGAGGAUACUUCUGGACAUUAGCUUCACCAUGGUUCUCAAGCUGCAAUAAUGGGAUUUGAAUAUGUUUGUGCUUAUUUCUCAUAUACUCUAUUUUUCCAUUCAGUAUUGCUCAGUAUUUCUUGCCAGGUGCCAACAGAAAUGAUUUGUUUAUAGCAUAGAGAGAAUUGGAAAUAAUUCUUUAUGAGCUGUUUUACCCUGGGAUUACUUUUCACACCUUGAUUAAUCGCAUAUUGCAGAAAAUAACAAAUCCCAAUGCCAGAUGUACACCAUUUCUGAAGUAAUUUUGUACUCAUUUGUUUGAAUGAAAAAUAAACAGCCUAUCAUAAUCCAGCUAUCAUAAUAUUGCUUUCAUAUUGUUCAAGUACCCACAGUGAUGAAUAACUGGCAUAAAAUGAACAUUUUGUUCAAUAAAUUAUUAACCACAUUAAAUAAGUCUAAAUUAAUCAUUGAAGGUAUUGUAAAUUGAAGUAAAAAAAAUACUGGAAAUCCAAAACAAUGGAAAAUGAUCUUAGUCCCAUGCAAGGUUUUCACCUGAAAUAUCAACUAUUCUGUCAGGUGCUGCUUGCCCCACUGAGUUCCUGCAGCAGUUUGUCUUCUGCACCAGGUUCAGCAUCCAUAGUCUCCUCAAUCAACAGAAUAUUAUUGUUUAUUCAAUACGAUGCAGAUAAACGGGACAUCUUUGAGGCAACGUAUGUGUUUUCCUUAAUCCUAUCAACCAAGGCCUUCUCAGCUUCUUAGCUUCUCCCUUCUAGCUUUUCUAAGUCUCUUUUUAAGUCCCUUCCUGGCUACUUUAUACCUAUCAAGAGCCCUGCCUGAUGUUUUGAUUCCUAAACCUUAAGUAUGCCUCCUUCUUCCUCUUGACUAAAUGUUCCAAAUCAUUUGUCAACCAUGGCUCCUUCAACCUAUUAUCCUUUCCCUGCCUCAAUGGGACAAACCUGUCCAGACCCAUUGUAAACUAAGGCAUAUUUUGGAAACUAAGGCAUAUCCUCUUUAAAUAUAUAGACUCAACUCCAAUGAUGUAAGUGUGGGCCCAACUGAUACUUUAAUCUUGGGCCGGAGUGAGAAGGUGAUUUUCAUCCAGUCAGCCUAUUGGGAUGUGCUCUGUAGUAGGAAGAGGCUCUUCAAAGCAACAAAUUUGCUUGCUGGACCAGAUAGAGCUGAAGUACAUUACAUGGUUUUGUGCUCCACUGCCCAAAUACGCCUCAAGUAACCCCCCUCCCCUGAUCCCUAUCCCUGAAUACCUCUGAGAAAGUGGCAGUGAGCUACUUUCUUAAACUGCAGCAGUCUUUUUGGUGAGGAUGGUGCCAGAGCAUUGUCAGGUGGAGUAUUCUAGGAACGGGCACAAAGGAAUGGCAACAACUUUUCAGUUCAGGAUGAUGUGUGACCUGAGGGGGAAAAUAGGUGACACUGGUUCCCGCCUUUCUGCAUCUUGACAGUAAAGUUUGUAAGUUUGGGAAGUGCAGAAGCCAUGAGGAGUCAUUGCAGUAUGUUUUCAAGAUGCAAAACAACCUAGCCGUAGUGAGCUGAUGAGGAAGGGUGUGAAUGCCCAGAUCAUCUGGCAGGGUACCAUUCAAAUCUUAAGCUUUGCACCACCUAAAUAACUCUUGGGGUUAAGAGAAUUGACCUCCAACAUUCAUUGAAAUAUAAUUCUAUUCAGAAGAGUAUCUUUCAUUUGCUUUUCACUUCAGUUUUACCAGAGUUCCUUAAUACUACACUCAUCCAAAUCCAAGGACAUCAUUUCCUGCAUAAUGCUGUGUUAGGACCUUAACUGACAAGGGCACACAACGCAAUCUACUUCUGAUGAGAUAAAUUGUGAACUUAGCAUCAAUAGGUUUCUGCAUUGUGCGUAAAGAUAUCUGGUAAUCUCAGUAUAUUAUGAGGUUCAGAGUUCAUAUUAAGGGUGCAAGGAAGCAAAGGUUAGCAAUUUAAAGAGAAUUAUUAAUAAUUGUUGUAAGCCAUGUCGUUUAAGCCAGGAACGGAAGUGCUUGAUUUAAGGGCAAUGGAACUGCUUGGCAUGUUUCACAGUUUUUGAAUACCAAGUUUCACAUUGCAGUUGUCAUUACAAUGAUUGUUUUCUAAUAAUUCACUGAGAAUAAAGAUAUAAGGUUACUGAAUCAGAGUAUUCAGGAAUUAGCAUUUAUAAACAAAAUAAACGUCAAGAGUAAACAAUUUAUUUCUUAUAUUCUCAUCAAUCAGUGUUCACAGACUAUUAGAUUUCAUGUUAGACUGCAAGGCUUAAACCAUAAAACUGUAGCAGGAGUAAUCGAAUGGAACUUUAUGGUUUCAGAAUGAAUGCCAUCAUGGACUAGCUGGACAGCAUGGCCUACUUCUGUGUUGCUAAAGAUUAUAACAUAGGUGCUAUGAAUAUUUUCACUGCAGGAAGGACAGUUUUGUGCUGUUCUGUGAACUGGACAUUGCACAACCCUUGUAGUCAUAAAGCAGAUGAGAAUAUAUUUAUUUAGUCAUCGCUUCAAGCCUCCUGGAGAUUUGGUGGGUUUAUACACAAUAUGAUGAGUAUUUUCAAAUAUUUGUUGAGAAAGUUUAUGCAACUUUUUUAAAAAUAUGCUGCGUGUACUUGACUAAGAGCAUUAGCUCCCUGAGUAAGUUCACAUGAAUAGUUUGUGCUGUGGACACAAGAUUACUACAGGUCGACCUUCACUAAUCCAACUACCUGUAAUCCAGUUCCUUCGAUAAUCCAGCACUGAUUAUGUAAUUCGGCAUUUUCACUAAUCCGGCACUCCUCAGGUCCCAAUGGUGCCGGAUUAGUGAAGGUCGACCUGUACAUGUUUUUUCUUGUGAUUUAUUUCAGUCAUUGAGAACUCUGCCAACAUUAGAUGCCAAUGCAGCUAGUUCUCACCAUGAUAACUGAUGAGUGCAACAAAUAAACCCAAGUAAUUAAAAUACCCAAACAAUAAUGACAUUUUAGGCAGUACAAUCAGUAAAACAGAAUUGCAACCACCUGGUUCUCAUAUAUGAUGAACACAAUCAUCAUUUGUUCUCAGAAUGACUCCAGCGAAAUAGUUGGAAAACUAUACCAAAUGCAUUACAAAUUUGGUGUCAAAUCAAGAGUCCAAUUUUGUGGGACAAUGAACCUAUAGGUUGUACUUUAAUUUCAUUAAAAUUGACAGUGUAA